UUGGAAUAUGUACGCGCAUGCUCAUAAUGUACACGCAGGGGGGUACGAGGUCUAGGUCUUUACACAUGUUUUGGGUGAACCAUUGGUGAUGUCGGUUAAGGUUGACCAAAGUUUCAUGAAAUUUAGGUACAUUUGUACAUAUAUACUAUGAAUGGUCGCAGACAUGAGGAUAUAGUGUUUUCGGUUGUCAUGGUCCACGGGGGACUGAUUUGUCCAUAGGAAUGUCUUCUCAGCCGGAGAAAAAAAGAGCUGAUGUAAAAGUGGUCAUCAUUGGUGAUGCAUUUGUUGGUAAAACCACCUUCAUCCGAAGGUACAUGGAGAGAAGAUUUUCUGAAAACUUGGGGACUGUGGGUGCAUGCUUCUUUCUCAAGCAGUGGCAUGAUUACAACAUAGCUAUAUGGGAUACUGCUGGAGAGGAGAGAUUUUCCGGUCUGAGUUCCUUCUACUGUCGUGAUGCCUCAGCUGCCAUUGUUGCCUUUGACUUAACCAAUCAACGCUCGUUUGACCUUCUGUCUGAGCGCUACCUGCCACUGCUAGACGCGGCGAAGGAAGACUGUCUUCUGUGCCUGACGGGAAUGAAAUUGGACCUUACAAAUGACAAGGCUCGUGUUGACCGUCAGCAAGCAGAGAAAUUUGCUGUGCAAGUGAAUGAGCCAAGAUACAGAGAUGCCGCAGAGGCGGGCUUACCGAAGCCCUACUUUGAGACCAGUUCACUUACUGGUGAAAAUGUCGACAAGGUGUUUGAGUUUAUUUUCUCAACGCUCCUCCCUGUGACGAAAGACGGAACGAGUAUUCAGCGGAAAGCCAGCCAGCAGAGCAGAGGGAUUGUGCAUGUGGAAGCAGAUGACGAUCAAAGCCCACAAAUGAGCAAGUCAAAAAGCUGCUGCAAAUGACCGAGUAAUUGGGCGGCUGAAACUUGAAAGGUCUACAUGGUAAUCAUUUUUCUUCCAUUUGAAUCAAAUCCACAAUGGUCAUGGUAAUUUGAUGGUGUGUCAUACAUAGUAUGCCAACUUGAUUUAAUCAGAACUGCUCCCAUUUUUUAGUUCCCAAAUGUCGGGAAAAUGGAAGGUUAUGAUUUGCAUAAAAAGGCAAAAAAAUUAAAAAGCUCUGGUACACGUAAAAGAGGGUGUUCUUUGCAAAAAAGAGGUGCUCUUUGCAGUAAGAAGAAAA